AUGCAACGGAUUAUGAAGGACGAUCCAAGAAGAACUUGGGCUGGCGAACACGUCAUCGAAUGGAUCGUCACUAAGCCGUGCGGAUCGACCCUUAAAUUAAAUCUGGUGCCGAGGUGAGUGGCUGCUCGCCGCUGACCGGUGGGAACCUGCACUCGAACCACUUCAGGCCUCGUUCAGAUGCAAAUCGAACAAUAUUCGCGUCGACACGUUUAUUACUAUACAAGUGGAAACAUUGGCCAGUCACAUCAAAAUGCUGAUCAAAAAUAGAGGAUUAUAA